UAGACCUAAAGCUUCAAGAGAGAAAAAGAUAUUGAAGAGAAAGCUAUAGAUGGCAGACAGAAACCCAUGUAGGUCUUUGUGCCAUGGGCUCGCCAAAGCUAAACCUUUCCUUGCAAUGGUCUCUCUGCAAUUUGGGUAUUCAGGAAUGUAUGUUAUCGCCAUGGUUUCUCUGAAACAUGGCAUGAGCCAUUACAUACUUGCUUUGUAUCGUCAUGUAGUUGCAACUCUUGUCAUCGCACCUUUUGCACUUGUUCUUGAAAGGAAAAUAAGGCCAAAGUUGACACUCCCUAUCUUCCUAAGAAUAAUGGUGCUUGGUUUUCUAGAGCCAGUGCUUGAUCAGAAUUUGUACUAUUUGGGAAUGAAGUACACAUCAGCAACAUUUGCAUCUGCUUCAAUCAAUGUCCUUCCAGCCAUAACCUUUAUAUUAGCAAUUAUUUUCAGGUUGGAAAGGAUUAACGUGAAGAAGGUACAUGAUGUAGCCAAGAUUGUUGGAACAGGUAUCACAGUUGCAGGAGCAAUGGUUAUGACUUUGUACAAAGGUCCAAUCAUCGAUUUCAUAAUGUCACAUGGAGGAAGCCACCAUGGAAGCAGCACUAGUGAACCCACUGAUCAGCAUUGGGUUAUAGGGACACUAAUGCUCCUGGCCAGUUGCUGUGGCUGGGCAAGUUUCUUUAUAUUGCAAUCAUUUACGUUGAAGCAAUACCCAGCAGAGCUCUCUCUCACAGCUUUGAUAUGCUUGAUGGGUAUGGUGCAAGGAGCAACCGUGUCUCUUGUGAUGGAACGUGACCCAACUGCCUGGAAAAUAGGCUUCGACUCCAGGCUUCUUGCUGCUGCUUACUCUGGAGUGGUUUGCUCUGGGAUUGCAUAUUACGUGCAAGCAAUUGUAAUCAAGCAAAGAGGCCCUGUUUUUGCAACCUCUUUCAGCCCUCUGUGCAUGAUCAUUACUGCAGCCAUGGGAACUAUUAUUCUAGCUGAGCAACUUCACCUUGGAAGUGUGAUUGGAGCAGUUCUCAUAGUUGUUGGCCUUUACACUGUUGUGUGGGGUAAAAGCAAGGAUCGGACAAUCUCAACAACACCAGCAUUGACAGAUGAGAAUAAAAAUGGCACCCUUGAUUUUGCGAACGCUGAUGAUGCUAAAUCAGCGACCAAUUUUGAUAUUAGCAUCCACAAUGAAACUUCUCAGAUUCCAGCGAAGAGCACCCCGCUGCCUGUGUGAAAUUUAUCGUUGAGAAAUUUAUACACCCAGCCAAUCAGAAGUUAAAGGCUCUACCAUGUUUGUAGACGGGACCUGCUAUAAUUUUAAAUUGCAUGUCAAUUUUCUGAUUAGAUGAGUGUACACAUCUGGCUGCCUGUGAGAAUUUUACAAUAAUAAGCCUACUGUAACAAGUACGGGAUCCAUAUAUGCCUAUAUAAACCCUUCCUUUUUGUUAUUAUAA